GGGCCAGCUAUUGCGUGUGCCGCGUGAUGACGCGCAGGUCAGGUGUUGCCUCAUAUAACAAGGGGAGCUGUCCAAGUGCUGAAAACAGAAGAGAAGCAGCGCCGCUCGGGAGGAGAUGCCCUACACCCUUUCUACUGUCUGAACUUUCUAACCAAAGGUGAUAACCUGCCUAUAAUGCUGCAUUUCCACCACAAGUUGCCCGCGGGAGGAGCCGUGGUCCUGCUCGCCCUGCUCCUCCUCGGAUGCGCCGUGGAGGCUGCGUCUCUGCCCCGCCACUACCGGCUCCGCGGCGGGGAGAGCGAUGCGCAGCCAGCGUCCUUCGCGCCCAGCUCCGACAUGAUCAAAGCCCUGGAGUACAUUGAAAACCUCAAGCAGCGAAACGGGGGUCGCGCUGAGCCCGUGGAUUAUGACGAGGUGGAGAAAUUCAAAGUCCUGCUUCAGCUCGCCUCGCAGCAGGAUGAAGGUCCCGGGGACCGCCAGCCUGCGCCCGACACGCAGAGACAGGACAUUACAGCCGAGCAGCUGAUGAAAGCCAUGCUCAAGACCCUUCAGGACCAAGCUGGGAGGGACGUGAGGCUCAGCCCCGCUUCAGAUGUCAGGAACGACCGGCGGCUGCACAGGCACCGCACCAAAGACAUGGAGAUGCCCGAGAGCGCACCUGCAGACUACAGUAACUUCCCCAGAGCUCACAAGAAGUACCCCCUGAUGUUUGAAGACGAGGAGAAUGCAGACGCCGCCAAGCGGACCACAGAGGACCUGGAUGAGCAGUACACGCCCCAGAGCCUGGCAAAUUUAAGGUCCAUCUUCGAGGAGCUGGAGAGGAUGCCCGGCCUCCAGAAGAGAAAUGAGUUUGUGGACGAUGGGGAGGAGGGGGAUGAUGCCUUCAGCCCAAGAAACCAGGCGUACGAGGAUGUGGCCGGAGGAGAGGAGUGGGUCCCCGUGGAGGAGAGGGAAGAGACUGAGGAGAUGGUGAACAGGAGCCACGAAGAAAUGGAGAGAGCCCUGAAUGACCAGGAGGAACCCGAAAGGGACGAGGUGGAACGCAGGGCCGGCCAAGACGAUGCAGAUGAUGACACCAAACUCGUAGACUACUAUCUACUGAAGGUCCUGGAGAUGAGCGACCAGACGCAGAAGAGGGACCAAACCGGGGAGCAGAAGAAACGCCUGAUCCGCCCCUCCAUCGUGGACCCCCGGACGGUGAAGGAAUUGUUGGAGCUGUCUCUGAAGCUCCAUGUCCCUCCCCAGGAUCUAAUCGAUAUGCUGCUGACAGAAGAGCUCAGAAAGCUCCACCGUGACCCCCAAACUGCAUCCCGCUACACCACCGGCCAAACCCCCAAGAUCCGGUACUUCAGCCGCAGACUGCCCCUGAAGAGCAAACCUGCCUCUGACGACAUGGACAGGGAGGAUUUUCUCGACAUCAUUGGAGUGGAGACCAUCAGUAACGAGUACCCCGUCGUGCAAAGACCCUUGAAGACUCCCGACAGGCUCCCAACGGCAUCCAACCCUUCCACCAACGCCGGUCCCGUCAGGAUCCCCCCUCCAUCCGGGCGCAGGGAGAACCUCUUUCUGUCCGAGCUCAACAAGAUGCCCCUGAAACGCCAGGCCGACGGAGCCGCUGCCGAUGACGACGAGGACGACGGGGACGUGGAAGACGAGGUGACCACCUACCUUGCGGCUAAAAUCCUCACCGAGUACCCCAACACCAUCGCCAAGCGGGACACCCAGGCGCAGCUGAAGGGACAGUUCCCCUACGAGCUGUACGAGCGCGCCAUGAAGGAUUACAUGGAGGGAGCGGAGGAGGAGAAAAGGCCGGUGGCCAAGAGGGAAACUGAGGUAGCCAUGGAGGAGAACGUAGCCCCGACAGAGAUGCAGGGGAAAGAGGAGGUCACCGCCAAAACCUCUCCUCCCCAAGUGGUCAACGAGGAAGAGGAGAAGGAGCACCGCGAAAAAAACGUGGCAGGGAUGUAAGCUGCAACCCCCUGCAAGAAGAAGCAUCAUUAUGAAUAUAGUAUUUAUAGUUUGGUGGAUGUGAUCUAGUUUACAGAUUUCUAUAGCUGGUAAUAAUGUCACCCUAACAAAGAUUAACUAUAGCAAUCUUAUAAUAGAAUUUUAAAAAUGGAAGUCCCUACUUGCUGCAAGAACAUUCUAGAGAUAUUUUAUUGAUACCACAGGAGAUUAACAUCAUAACCCUGAGUGGAUGUGAGUGCUCAGUAUAUAAUCCCAAAAAGUAAAUUACACUCUGACAAAUUAAAGUUGUGUGACGUCGUUCGUUUUCACUUUAUGGUGUUUGUAAAACAGCCCUAUAUUUUGAAAUAUAACCACGUGGUGUUUGAAAAAAAAGAAAAAUAUUUUUCCUGUGUUCAACUAUCCAACGACAUUUGUGAAUAUCCAUGUAAAUGCUGAACUACGACAGGGCCCUUAUGAAGAAAUGUAAUGGCUCGUAUUAUAUUCAGGGUCGGUGGAUUUAUUGUCAAACACAAAUUAUUAUUAUUAUCUCCAGGGUCUAAAUAUCAGCCUGCCUUCUAACCCUUUCAUACUGCAAAGCUCUGUAUUGUUGGCCUAACAGUGGUUGUGCUCUAUAUUCUCAUUUUUAAACCAUUUUGUACAUGUUCAACAAUGUGUGAUUGAUGACAGAUAAAUAAAGCAUCAGAUGUAUUAUUUUU